AUGAAAUCCUGCAAGAGCCUCAAGGAAGAAGUUUCUGUCCCUAGCCUUGGCGGGAUGUCACAGGAGGAAGGACGCAGGGCGCCGGUGUCGCAGUCCUAUUUUCACUCCCCUAACCCAGAUCUGGACCUAACGGGCAAGCUUUAUAAGAGGGAGGUUGGUGGUAAGCCAUAUUCUGUGUUAGUGGACAAUAAAAUGGCAGCCAAGGCAUCCAUUGGAGAUCAGAACAUUGGUCAGUUGCCCACUCAACAUGUGACUCCACUACAACAUCAGCAGUAUUUCAGAGAGGGAGGAGCAGGGCAGGAAGUGGGGACGCAGGGGUCCCAGGCUGGCAACGAUGGCUCCUCUGACGACACUGAAGAUGAUGAUGACGACGAUGAGGAUGAGGAGGAUGAGGGCUUCAAGCGUGAGCAGAUCAUUGUCGAAGUUAAUCUGAACAACCAAACACUUCAUGUAUCCAAGGGGGACAACAAAACUGGAACCACAGCAGAUGACUCUGAGAGAGCUGGCAGCGACGACGACGAUGAUGAGGAGGAAGAGGAGGACAGCCCUGAUGAUGAUGAUGAUGAUGAUGAAGAGGAGGAAGACGACGACGAGGAAGAUGAGAUUGAGAGUCGAAGAACAAGGUCAAAAAGGGCCCGUCGUGGUGCAAGUAGUACAGCAGCUCCUAGCCAGCCUCGGAGGAAAAGCCUCAGAACCGUUCUGAGCACUGCUACUGCAGGAAUGACCACCAGGGGGCGACGGAAGCGCAUGGAGCCUCCAAAGAGCAAGCGCAGAAAUGCCCCAUCGUCUGCCGGUUCCACAACCACAACGACAGGGGGGAAAGCAGAAGUGGAGGAGAAGGAGAUGCUGGCGUGUGAAAAGUGCCCCCGAGUCUUUAACACACGCUGGUACCUGGAGAAGCACAUGAAUGUCACUCACAGGCGAAUGCAAAUUUGCGACAAGUGUGGCAAAAAGUUUGUCCUGGAGAGUGAGCUGGCCUUACACCAGCAGACUGACUGUGAGAAGAACAUCCAGUGCGUCUCCUGCAACAAGUCUUUUAAGAAGCUCUGGUCACUGCAUGAGCACAUUAAGAUUGUGCACGGCUAUGCAGAAAAGAAGUUCUCAUGCGAAAUUUGUGAGAAGAAGUUCUACACAAUGGCUCAUGUCCGUAAGCACAUGGUUGCUCACACUAAGGACAUGCCAUUUACCUGUGAGACAUGUGGAAAAUCGUUUAAACGCAGCAUGUCUUUAAAGGUUCACUCACUCCAGCAUUCUGGAGAGAAGCCCUUCCGUUGUGAGAACUGUGACGAGCGGUUCCAAUACAAGUACCAGCUGCGCUCCCACAUGAGCAUUCACAUCGGACACAAGCAGUUCAUGUGCCAGUGGUGUGGCAAAGACUUCAAUAUGAAACAGUAUUUUGAUGAGCACAUGAAAACACACACAGGAGAGAAGCCUUUCAUUUGUGAGAUCUGUGGGAAGAGCUUCACCAGCCGGCCCAACAUGAAGCGCCACCGCCGUACCCACACUGGGGAGAAGCCCUAUCCCUGCGAGGUGUGCGGCCAGCGCUUCCGCUUCUCCAACAUGCUCAAAGCACACAAAGAGAAGUGUUUCCGGGUCACCAGCCCUGUGGUCCUGCAGACCAGCGGCCCACCUGUGCCUGUCCGCAUCUUUGCCAACACCUUCUCCUCCUCUUCCUCCAUUUCUGGUCCCAGUCCUUCAACUGCCACCCCGGCCACCACCUCAGCACCCCUGGGCCUCAACCCGACAGGGGGGCCCAUGCCUCCAAGAGGCCCUGUGGGACACACAUUCUCCCACGUACAGCUCCACUCAAACCCAUCUCACCAUCAUCCCCACCCCCCGACAACCCAGCAACACCUCUCAAAUACACCCCAACAUGUCCCACCUCACCCUCACCACCACCUGGCCGUGCCCCCAGUCUCCCACUUGCCCCCACCCCCGGCCCUUUUCAAGAGUGAGCCCUUAAACCACUGUGGGCACGAAGACAGCAGCUACCUGCACCACAUGGCUCCCCCUGACAAGGGCCCCGGAGCCCCACAGCACCACUGAACUGUGCUCCAGCUCUGCAGGCCCACACCAAACCGCGCCUUGUUCCUCCUCUUCUCAUAGUCCUGUUUUAGUCUCUCAGUUGCCAGGGCCCCUGAUGAAAGGGUGCUCCUCUCAACCAGAUUUGGAUAAGUCAAGCUACACAUACGCACCUUUUGUAUGUGACGCAGAUGUGUACGCCCUCAGUGUACACAUUAUUUAAGUAGAACCUCUACUUAAAAACCCUGGACAACUGACAAAGAUUUUACAACCUCUAGAAUUUUUUUCUUGAACAUUUUCUUAGGAAAUCUACAAACUGAUUUCUGUGCGAGUUCUCUAUCUGUACAUUGAUGGGUGUAAAGUAUCUCAUUGUCAUCAAAAGCUGCUGAUGGAGGUCGACGUAUGUAUUACCUGGGCUUCAAGGAUCAGUGUCAUUGAACUUUCCUCUUUGUGUCAAGUUGACUUAUGGUUGCACAUUGAUCAGGACUCUCUUUGCAGUUCCUCCCCAUAGCAAUACUCAACAUGUCCCCCUAGUUGUACUAUAGAGCCUCGCCCCGCAAAAAUGUUUGUUGAAUAUUGUAAACUGUUCUACCUGAGCCUUUCUCUGUCCUAAGGCCAAGGCUUUCUGUCAGAGGGGCAACAGCAGGAGUGCAAGAUGCAGUGCCAUAGGUUACAGUAAGAAGGGGGGAGGAAUUUUUGUAGGGGACAUUGAAAAACUGGUUUUGUAAAUGGUUAGUUGAAUCUAGACAGUCUGAGAUUCACAUCAUGGUUAAAUGGUGCUUUCCAUUCCAGUACAUACAAUAAUUCUUAAUUUUGCUUUUCCAUUUGAUUUUCAGAAGUGUAAUAUUACAAAAUAACGUAUUGUGUCAGCCUGGCUUUUCUACAAUGGAUUUGAGGUUUGACUAGAUAUUUUGUGGUCAACAAACUCAAAUUAUGCAUGACAUGCACCCUCACACUUACUCAAGCACACACUCAAAACACAAAGACCGUAUGGCCACUGAUUUACUUACUGUAAUCAGUGCAACCUCAGCUUUCAGUACUGUUGGUCAACAGAUGCUUUUAGAUAACAGAUGACUGUCAAAUACUGCCACUGUGAGGGGCCAGACACAUGGCCCCAUCAGGAUUUACCCCACUUCCCUUCGCUGCUGUCGAAAUGAUACGGGUUACCAUGUGAAAGGUCAUUUGACACACACAGUAUACACACCUGGGACCUUUUUUCAUCACAGUUCUUAACAGGCAAUUAUGCAUAUUCCCCUCCGCCUAUAUUCCACGGUUUGGUGUGGGGCGUUGUAAUGUAAAGGUUUGUUUUUUGACUUUCAUCGUACUGAUAUACUUUGAUCCACACAGGCAAACGUGUGUCUAAACCUGUUGAAUGUUGCCUACGCAGAAUGAUGGCUGAUAUGUUUUUUUUAUGUUCUCUGAUAAUUUGCUCAGUUUUAAGCUAAUGAAUGGUUCUGCAGUGUAGAUAUACUGUUGUUAGCACAUGAUAGGAAAUGUCAGGAUAAAAGGCAGUGGUCAUACAACUUCUAAUACUUCUUGUAUAGAUAAGCAUACAUGUGAUUAAGUCAGCGUACGAAAUUACAUUUGCUAAUGUAAUAGCAGAAUGUUAUUUGUUUAAAAUUAGUAUAAAGAGUUGGCAAGUAUUUGGCAUGAAUUUGAGCUGUGUGGUUGUUAGCUCUUCACUGUGUGUGUGUGUGUGUGUGUGUGUGUGUGUGUGUGUGUGUGUGUGUGAGAGAGAGUCUCUACCAGUCUGUCUGGUUGUCCCCAGUGCUCUUCUACCAAAAGCUGCUUUUACAAAUUGUGCCCCAAUAUGUGUAUUGGGGAUAACUGAGAUGGACAAUAGCAGUAAAUUUAACAUGAUCCUCUUUCUACCACUCGACGGUAUUCUGUCUGAAGUGGUUAAUCUCCAUAGUUAAGGAUGCCCCUUUUGUGAUUUGAGACCUGCAAUUGUCCUGCCAUUACUGUGGGUCCUAAGACAGCUGCAUUAUUUGCUUAUCAUCCUGUCCCCUCUGGUUCACUGCUGUGCUUCAGCAUUUUUGCAGUAUGGAUCUUUGUCCUGUUUUAUUUUUUUAAGCCUUUUCAUUUGUGUGUAUUCUCUGCACUUUACUGCUGCGUGGGUGAAGCGCAGGGAAGGGAGGGACUGACAAUGCAUUGUGGAACAAAGUGCAGUUGUGGCUGCAUUGGAAAGGGUGGAGGUGAUUAUUUUGAGUGGAUGUUUUUAGGCAAGGAAAGGAGGAGAAUCCCGGGUGGAGGCGGUUAGUGGGGAAGGGACCAUAGCAAUUGAAUAACAUGUCUUUUAGUAUGUGCAAGCAUUUUAUUUCCUAUUUUUUCAAAGAAAUACACUUUUGCUCUCCUCAAAGUGAAAGUGAUGUUCCUCCUGCUUUGGCGCCUUUACACUAGCCCCUCCAAGCUAUGUCUUACAUACUUUCUUCUGUCCUGUUUGUUAAUGGAGUUUUUGUCUCUGUUAAUGUCCUGGUUUGUCUUUCAGUUUGCUGAAUGAUUCUCCUCCUCCUUUCUUUGUUAUAUAGAAUGCACUUUCUACUAAAAUUCUUAGCUAGUUAAGAAAAAAAUAACAUUGUAUAUUCUUUAAAGAUGUUUUAAAAAAUCAAUAUACUUUUUUUCCCUUUGUAUUUUUAACCACUUAAUGUAGCAUUGCGUAUUUUAUUAUUGUAUCUGGUACAAAAUGUGCAGCUUUAUAAUGUCCUGGUUUGUCCUUUUUUUGUAUGUUAUCUGGAGAUUGAGGAGAAGUGGAAAACGUUGGGCCUUUUUUGAUAAUGUACAUUUAACUGACUGCUAACUUUGAGAAGUAAAAACAAGUAGCCAUGAU